GAAACGAAAAGCCGUUGCCUGUCGUUGUUUGAAAAGUCACACUUAUUCGAGUUGGGAAGUAUUAUAUAUUUGAGAAGUUAAGCAGUUUCCAUGAAUCGUGAACAAAUGCAGCGUAGCAUCUUUUAUUCGGAUAAAUAUUACGAUGAUGAAUACGAAUACAGGCAUGUAAUGUUACCUAAAGAAAUGGUGAAGAUGGUUCCUAAAACCCAUCUAAUGUCAGAGGAUGAAUGGAGGGGGAUCGGGGUGCAACAAAGUAAAGGCUGGAUUCAUUACAUGACUCACUCCCCAGAACCACAUAUUUUAUUGUUCAAAAGGCCAAUAACAACCCCUCCUGGCAAAAAUGAAAUGUAGAAAUAUUAGUUUAUUUCAAAAGCGUUGUACAUUUGUUAAUACAUUUUAGAUUUAGAGAAUCAGUUCAAUAACAUCUGCAGAUUUUAAUGAAACAAUGUAAAUUUUAUGUAGGAUUUUAUUGGAAUGUUUGUCCACUUAUCCAUAAGUUUAAUUUUAAGCCUUUCUGAUAUGGAGAAAAAACACCCAGGUGUAUAUUUUAAAGUUUUUAAAUACUUGUCUGUAU